UUGAGUUGACGCGUUUAACGUCAGCUUGAAAUUGUCGUCAGCUUGUUCAUCGGCAGUGCUUUGAACGCCGAUCCAAUAUUUUCAAUUUGUAUAAAGAUCAGCAAAGAUGAUUAAUAAGAUUGACUUCGAGUUUAUACAAUCUCUAAAUCUUUUGUAUGCUAUUCCAGUAGUAGCUGUAAUUUUUUGCGCGAUUAUAGUUUAUGCUGUUGGGUUCAAAACGCCUGUACAGCCACCUAGCUUCGAUGGAAUCGAGGAAGAGAAAAAACUUACGAAAAAAAAGAAAACUAAAGAUAGUUCUAAGUCUAAGCUUCUUCAAAAUGGAAAAGCAAAUGGCACUGCCGUGCUUAAGAACCAGUCUCCACCAAAUAAGAAAAAAGAAAACAGUGAAAAACGGGCACCUGUUGAGAAACCAGUACCUGAAAAGCCUGUUGUAAAUGAAAAGAAGGCAAAUAAGAAAAACAAGCAGCAGAAUGAGAAACAGAAUCUUGCUGAGAAGAAAAAAGAGGUUGCUAUUCUUGAUGAUGUUAAUGAUGAUGGUUGGGUGCAGUUAGUGUCCAAAAAAGGAAGGAAAAACCGUAAAAAAGAUGAUGCUACUACUUCUGAGAAUCUCUCCAAUAAAUCUAGUAAAACUGUUGAUGUUAACAAAUCUGAUGACAGCUCACAAGUCGAUGAUUCUCCAAAAAGUAUCCCUCAGAUAACACAAAGCAGUGCAGUUGUUGAAGAAAAACAAGUCUCUACUAAGGUCAAGAAAGGUGCAGCGACGAAGGAAAUAGGAACCUUAAAAGAAGAAAAGAAUCAAGAGCAAGUUUUAAUUGUUGAAGUCAUAAAAUCUGAAGUAAAUGAUUUCCAGAAGCUUCAACCUGAGGAAAACAUUGCAAAAGAAGCAAAGGUAUUGGAGGAAACCAGCAGCAAAUCUAAGAAGAAAAAGAAAAAAGCUUCUGAGUUAGUAAAAGAGAAAAAUGAUGCUAAUACUAAUGUUUCUGAAAAAACAUCAGUACAGAUAAUUACAGAUAUUCCUACUUCUGAAGAAAAAAUUACUAGUAAUAUUAUUGUUACUUCAGACCAUAAAGAGACAAUUAGUGGCAACACAGUAACUGACAAGUCAUCUGAUGCUAAAGCUUCAAAUGUUGCAUUUGAUGAACUAGCUGGCUUAUAUCCUGAAGCUAAAGAGCAGAAGAAAAAGAAGAAAGUUCGUCGUGAUCAUUAACAUUGUUUGUCUCUCACAUGAGAUAUUGUUAAAAAUGGUCUUUCAUAUGAACCAAUACCCCAAUUACAUCCUGCCACUUUUACGGAAAUUAUCACUGUUUCCAGGGAUUCAGCAUCGUUGAAGAAUUUCUUUGGCCAUUUGGAUUGUUUGUAUGGAUUGCUUUGCAAAAUGGUAGCUAAAAUGUAUGGAUGCUGUUCAUGUGGAGAGGACAUUGUAGCUACUUCAUUAUUGUGAAUAUCAUAAGGGAUUCCAUUUAAAAAAAUGGAGAAAAUGAAAGUCUUUUGUAACAUGUGCAGGGAGCAAUGCAAGAUAGUGCAUUGAUUGCAUGAGGGACCGCGUCCGGGUUUGAAUUUGGAAUGCUGGCUCAGAGUAUACAUAUUAGACAAUAAAGUUGUUGAUCACGUCACUUGUAAGUUCCACACUCUCAUGUAAUUUUGAAAUAUGAAAGUAACUAAUAUUUAUUAAGAGCUGUAUUUGAACAAAUUUUAAAAGCUGCAUUUUUU